AUGAGAAUCAAAAAGAAAGGUACCAGUGGUAAUGCUAAGAAUUUCAUCACCAGAACUCAAGCUGUUAAGAAAUUACAAAUAUCUUUAGCUGAUUUCAGAAGAUUAUGUAUUUUCAAAGGAAUUUACCCCCGUGAACCAAGAAAUAAAAAGAAAGCUAACAAAGGUUCAACUGCACCUGUUACUUUCUAUUAUGCUAAAGAUAUUCAAUAUUUAAUGCAUGAACCUGUGUUAAUGAAAUUCAGAGAACACAAAACCUUUGCUAAGAAAUUACAAAGAGCUUUAGGUAGAGGAGAAAUUUCCGAUGCUGAAAAAUUGGAUUCCAAUAGACCUCAAUAUAAAUUAGAUCAUGUUAUUAAGGAAAGAUAUCCAACAUUCUUAGAUGCUUUAAGAGAUUUAGAUGAUCCUUUGAAUAUGUUAUUCUUAUUUGCUAAUAUGCCAGCCACUGAUAAAGUUUCCACCAGAAUUAUUAAAACUGCUGAAACUUUAACUAAUCAAUGGUUAGCUUAUGUUGCUAAAGAAAGAUGUUUAAAGAAAGUAUUUGUUUCUAUUAAAGGGGUUUAUUAUGAAGCCAAUGUUAAAGGUCAAGAAAUCAGAUGGUUAGUACCUUUUAAAUUCCCAACUUUAAUUCCAACUGAUAUUGAUUUUAGAAUCAUGUUAACAUUUUUAGAAUUCUAUUCUAACUUAUUAAAAUUCGUAUUAUUCAAAUUAUACAAAGAUAGUAAUUUAGUUUAUCCCCCAUUGAUUAACAAGGAAGUGUUGAAAUCAGUUGGAGGUUUAACUAGUUAUAUUUUAAAUGAAGAUGCCUUACCUCAAAAAGUUAAUGAUGAACAAGGACAACUUUUGAGUAAGAAAGAAUUAUCUAAAGCUUUAAAAGCUGAUAAACAAAGCAAUGAUGAAGAAAUUGAAGAUAUUGAAGAAGAAAAAGUCGAAUUAGAUGAAUUUUCAACUGAAAAGGGGGAUAGUCUUAUUCAACCUUCAAAAUAUCUGUCUCCUACUUCCCAAUUAUUCGAAGGAUUUGUAUUCUUUGUAUCAAGAGAAGUUCCUUUAGAUAUUUUGGAAUUCUGUAUUUUAUCCUGUGGUGGUAAAAUCAUUUCUGAAGUAGCUAUUAAUGAAUUGAAAUAUAAUGAUAGUGAAAGUUAUAAGAAAUUAGAUUUAUCUAAGAUUACUCAUGAAAUCAUCGAUAGACCAAAAUUCGAAAAAGUUGGUGGUAGAACUUAUAUUCAACCACAAUGGGUUUUCGAUAGUAUCAAUAAGAAAGAAUUGAUUAGUGUUAACAAAUAUGUACCUGGAGAAAUCUUACCACCUCAUUUAAGUCCAUGGGGAGAUUCUGGUAAUUAUAAUCCUGAAAACGCCGGUGAAGGUGAACAAGGUGAAGAAGAAAUUGAAGAAGAAGAAGAGGAAGAAGAAGUUGAAGAAGAAGAAGAGGAUGAGGAAGAUGAUGAAGAAAUUGAUGAAGAUCUUUUGAACCAAAAAGAAUUGGAAAAAGAAGCUUCAGGUAGUUACGAACCAAUCAAAACUAAGAAGAGAAAGGUUGAAGAAGAUGAUGAAAAGGAAUUAAAGAAAAUCAUGAUGACCAACAAACAAAGAAAAUUAUAUAAUAAGAUGCAAUACGGUAUUGAAAAGAAGAAAGAAAGGAAAGAAUUAUUGGAUAAGAAGAGAAAGAAGUUGCAAAAGACUAAAAAUGAGUUAAACAAUUUAUAG